UCUCAAUCUCUUUGUUGUUUCUGUUUCACAUACAAAGAAGCAGAUGGAGACUCGCGCUGCUGCCGCAAAGAGAAAGGCAAACACGGUCAUUGUGGAAAAACAACAUCCCAAAAGGCAUAGGGUUGUGUUAGCUGAUCUCUCUAAUUUACCAAACUCUUUUGUCCCUACCAAUGUGCAUUCGCCAAGCAGAGAGAAACCCCAAUGUUUGAAGAAUCCAACCCCUACAAAGAAUGUUCUUUCUCUCACCCAGAUUGAUGAGCCUUAUGUUAACGAUAUUCAUGAGUAUCUUCGUGCAAUGGAGAUGCAGAGAAAGAGGAGACCAACAACUGAUUACAUUGAUAAGGUUCAGAAAGGAGUUACAACAACCAUGAGAGCAGUGUUAGUGGAUUGGUUAGUUGAGGUUGCAGAGGAGUACAAACUUCUCUCAGAUACUCUUCAUCUCUCUGUUUCAUAUAUUGAUAGGUUUUUAUCUGUUAAUCCUGUGACUAGAUCCACACUUCAGUUGCUGGGUGUUUCGUCAAUGCUUAUUGCUUCUAAAUAUGAGGAGAUUGAUCCACCAUCUGUGGAUAAAUUCUGUACUAUUACUGAUAACACUUAUGAUAAGGCAGAGGUUGUGAAGAUGGAGGCUGAAAUACUCAAAUCCUUAAAUUUUGAAAUGGGAAAUCCUACUGUAAACACUUUUUUAAGGAGUUUUACUGAUGUUACUUCUGAAAAUCAAAAUUUUAAAUUUUUGAGCUGUUAUCUUGCUGAGUUAAGUUUGUUGGAUUAUGAUUGUUUAAGAUUCUUGCCUUCUGCUGUGGCUGCAUCUGUCAUAUUUCUGGCUAGAUUUAUUAUCUCGCCAAAAGUGCAUCCUUGGACUGUUUCUUUGCGUGAAUGCUUGGGUUACAAAUCACUUGAGUUGAAAGAGUGUGUCCUUAUCUUGCAUGACUUAUAUUUGUCAAGAAAGGCUCCAUCUUUCAAAGCUGUUCGGGACAAAUACAAACAGCAUCAGUUUAAAUAUGUGGCAGACUUACCUUCCCCUCCAUUCAUUCCUAUUUGUUACUUUGAAGAUCAUUGAUGCAGUGAGAAUUCCUUGAGAAAUAAAAGUCAGUUGAUACAAAAUGUUUGAUUGCCUUUCAUCAGUUCAUGUUCAACUGUUAUUAAGGCCUUGGAGGAGAUAUAAGACAAAAUCAUGAUCUGGACACUUCUAAACAAAUUUGGAAAUUGCUGUGCAGGAUGAGGCAAAAGUUGCAUAGUUCUUCCCAGACAACUUUCAUCUCAGUGAGCUAGCUUUAAUGGUCAUAUCAGCUUGUUUUUAUCAUGAAAAGGUCAUCCUGAAUUUUGUCAAACAUGAUUGACAUCAUUGACUGAAAUGAUGUUUAUUGCAAUUUUGGGGGAGACCGAGUGAUUCAACCAAGAAACAAGGGUAUUACAAUAUUUUCAGGCUGCAAAAAAGGGAUCUUGAUCUUGGGGUUUAGAGAUGGUGUCAUCAGCAAGUAUGAUGAUUCAGUUCUUUACCGUGGUUAUGGAUUGAGUCCAACUGUGAUAAUUUGUCCCAUAGAGAAACAAGGAGCAAUGAAGGAUUUUCAUUGGAGUGGGUCUAAUAGGAACUAGAAGGAUCUUGAGAUGCAGAGAAAAGAACAGCCUUAGCUCAAAAUUAGAACAAAAAGAAGAUUAUCAUUGUACAAAGAAUGUCUUGGUUGACAUAGGAGAAAAUAGUAAAUAGCACAAUUUUGAGUUCUAUGAAAAGGAAACAAAGAAUAUAAGAGGAAGUUAUGCAUUUUAUGCAAAUAACAUUUUUUGAAACUUUGAUCUUUAAUUGACUCGGAAAAUGUUGUGCACUAAGAAGUUAUAAAAAAGAUUUCAUGGUAAAUUAUAUUUGACGUCAUAUUAGUUAAGUAGCUGACUUUAUCUGAUGUAAUAAAACUGUUAU